AUGAACUUACCACCUCCCUCCUCCAGACAGCCGGUUCACGAAAUCUGGAGUUGGGAAUGUUUGCUGCAUGAGCGUAACAUUGCGCUUGGCAGCGUCCUUGAGCCAUCAUCUCUGUCCUCUUACACCUCAGCAGUUCAAUCCUAUGUCACUUUCUGUCGCAAUCAUGAUUUUCCAAUCGACCCAACUACAGACACCUUAUCUUUUUAUGUUAUCUAUAUCUGCCAUUUCAUCAAACCAAAAUCUGUUUCCAGCUAUCUAUCCGGAAUUUGCAACCAGCUCGAGGUUUUCUACCCUGAUAUUCGUCGAAAUUGUGCUCAUCCAAUUGUUGCAAAAAAACUUCACACUUCCAUUGCCUCAAGAAAACGUCCACUCCAGCGCACAGAACUCACCGAAGCAUUCAAUAACCUACAUUCAUCCUCCUCUUUUGACGGUCAUCUUUUUCUCGCAUUGUUAUACAUUGGUUUUUUCGCUCUCAUGCGAUUGGGAGAGCUAGUGUUUCCUGAUCGGGUUGACCUUCAAGAUUUCCGCAAAGUCAUCAUGCGGGAUUCAUUUCUUGCAGAUGCCGAGCAUCUGGAAUUCAAUCUACCAAUGCACAAAGCCGAUCAAACGUUUGAAGGAAACCGGAUUGUGAAUCUCAUCCAGGCCAUUGGGCGAUGGGCAUCUGAAUCUUUCAAGAUUUACAUCAGGACCCACCCAGUCCUACUUACUGCCCUACUUUUCUCUCAACAACCGGCCACAUCUUAA